GUUUAAAAUAAAACCGUCCGUUUCGUAGAGUGAUGGAGUGUGGUGAUAAACGCGAACCGAAUCCCUGUCAUUUUCUUGGAUUUGAGUCGUCAAACAUCCGCUGCAAAUAAAUUUCUGUUUUAAGUAGUUUACAACUUCCGUCGACAUUCUCGUUAAAAAAACUAAAGCAGGAAGGUGCAAAAGAUUUGGAAGAUCGACUCACAGGCAGAAAGAUCCGCAGAAAAACGGCAACGAUCUGGAUGGCUCGGCGGACCUGUUAAGUUUUUAGAGAGUCGAUCUAGGGUUAAUUAAUCUAGGUAACUAAUUCAAAUGUCCGUAAACAAAUUUAUGCAUCCUCGUAAUCGCUAUCGCGAGAAACCAGAUUAUCAGGAGUUGGUCAAACAGUUUCCCGAACUAGCGAAAGUCGCUAUCGUGGAUCUAAAUGGAAAAGUGAAGCUCGAUUACAAAAACAAAGAGGCCGUACAAUUGCUCACGAAAUGUUUAUUGUUGAAAGACUUUGGUUUAACACUAGAGCUACCACCGAACAAAUUAGUGCCCACCUUGCCGCUCAGGCUAAAUUAUAUUCAUUGGCUCGAAGACAUUGGUACGGCCAGUGCCUGGAUGAAAACACGAAAGGACGUACAUGGCAUAGAUAUCGGAUGCGGUGCUUCUUGCAUUUACCCAUUGCUGGCUGUAGUUCAAUCGAAACACCGCUGGAACAUGUUAGCUAUUGAGAAAAACGAGCUUAGCCUGAUCAGUGCCAGAGCUAAUGUAACCGGGAAUAGGUUGAACGAUUACAUUACCGUCGUGCCGCAGGCCGCUGAAGGAUCUACAUUACUUCUCGAUGUACUCAAAACCUUCCCUGACACGAAAUUUGAUUUUUGCAUGUGUAACCCGCCGUUCUACGAUAGUGCAGCAAAUCAAGAAGUCAAUAAUCGCACGGGAAAGCGUAAAGAACCUACUAACGCCACGUCCGGAUCGGGAGAGGAGCUUUGCACGUUGGGAGGUGAGGUUCAGUUUGUUGGACAACUCAUUCGUGAAAGCCUAGAACUGAAAGAUCGUAUUUCAGUGUAUACCACAAUGAUAGGACAUAAGCAAAGUUAUGAAGCAAUAUUACGGCAUUUGAAACGAAGUAACAUUCAUAACGUAACAAUGAACCGACUGUGCCAAGGCAAUACGACGCGCUGGUCCGUAGCAUGGAGCCAUGACGUUGGAGUGCUACUGUCGAAAGUACACACGAUGCACGAAACUACCGCUGGUCAAAGCGUACAGUUGCCAAAAAGCUACAAAAACCAAAAACCAAUGACUUGUCGAAUUUUCACCGAAGACGAAAUGCCAUCGAUAAGCGCGGCAUAUGAUUUUCUUACCAAGUUGUUGAAAUCGAUAGCGAUCAACUUACGUAUGGUGAAAAAAUUUGAGAAAACAUCUGAAAUCAUUUGUGAGUUUAUUGCAUACCAUAACACGUGGUCGCACCAACGACGAAAACGUAGAAAUGAUAAACUCGUUGCUGGCGAAAUGGGAGAUCACAUAAACGCCAUAACUGAGAGCUCUUCGAAACGUCUAAAAUUGGAGAACGAUGAAUACAAGCCUGAAAGUAUAGAAACCUGUGAUCCUCACUUGAAAGCAACGGUAUACAUCAAUCACAAGAAGUGUGAUGGAUACUUUGUUUCAAUGCAACACAUAGGAGGAAUUGCUGGCAGAGAUGGAUUGAAUCAAGUUCUACAGUUUAUCAAAAAUAGCAUCCAACUGCGUAAGGAUUUACCAGCCUUUUAAACAUACAUCUCUAAAGUCGUGGUAUGUGUACAAUCAUUUGUCUUAUAUUUACGUUCUCGAUCGUUUGACGUUAUGGGUUCGCGUAAUGUAUAAAUAUUACAUAGGAUCAGUGGAGUACUCCAGUUAUACUAUUGCUCCGCGUCACUUGUAGGCUUGUUAACACCUUCGGCUCACAGCUGCCGUAUAUACGCUUUGACAUGAAGCGAUUCAACGUGGAGUAGCUUGUGCACUACGAGUAUGCUUAGUUUACAAUCGAUUUGACAAAAUAAAAAAAAAAACAUACAAACGGGACGAACU